UUCACGAAUUCAACAUUAUACACUUAAAACUCAUAAACGAGAGUGUGCCAAGCCUGAACGGGAGUAUAGCACAAGAACAUUAUGGCUGACAAAAGGAAAAUAUUUGUGUUGCUAAAUUGAAAAAGGGAAAUAGAUUCACUCGAAGUUUUCGAACAAAACUUUUUUUUGUACAAAAGUUGUGGUGAAAUUGUUUCCGGAUUUUGUUGUUUAGUUGAUUAAACAUCCGGUUGCUGCAAUCUGAUAAUCGCAAAAUGUAACCACAUCAUAUGACUAUGCAACACCUACUUUAAAGACUUUCAAACAAUCAGACACCAGUAUUAACUUCGCACACAGCCCAUCACAAUUUUCGCAGGCUCAUCCCACAUAAUGCAUAAAUAAAAUGGAAUAUCCGAAUAAGAUCCUAAUGUCUGGAAGUUCGGCUGGCCGAACGAAACGGGGCAAACGCGGGACGUGGAACGAAAAGAAACGGGCUGGCAUGAGUUUUCUCAUUGUCAUCGCAUUCUUUGCCAUUUUCGGAUUAAUUAUUUUAACGGAAAUUCUAAUGAUCGAUGAGAAAAGUAAGGCGUCGACGAAUGGGAUCCGACAUGCGGGAUACAAUCGUUUGGGUGAAUCGGCACCGGACUAUGAUGAUGUGAAAGAGGAGUAUAGCAUUGAAGAGGCAAUAUUUCUCAAAAACAAUAGAUUCAUUAAGGACAUUAAGCAAAGUAGAAAUAUUCAAAUAUCACUAGCCAUUCCAGUUGCACCGGAAUCGCCAGGUAAUAAUAAUAAUAAUGGAGGAGCGAUACCUUGGGGUGCACUGCUACCGCAAAGCAUUGAACGUACACUUCCGACAUAUCCUGUUGAUGUUCCUCCGUCGGAUGGAUCGUGGAAGAUUGUUAACGGCACUAGGUUUAAGUUUUUUGUAUUUUCCGCUUUCUACGAUCGUCGUGGAGGAAAGUUAAUUAGAGUAAUUGGUGCUACAAAGACUAGAGGUCCCGAAAAGGUUUGGUGCCGCUUAUGGUAUCCAACCGGACCGCAUAAUUCAACUUUUAGAUCGUCAUCUGUGAUGGCUAGAGUUAAGAUAAUCAGAGAGAACUGGAAUCUCAAGUACAGUGCAUGUUUUGUACUAUGUCCACUUCAAGCACCCGGUCUUGAGAUACCAUACGCUGUCAGUAUUGUCAGCAAAAUUCGUUCGCCACCGGGAAAUGUUUUACUGUUACGCAACACCGAUCAAGAUCCAAGUCUACAAAAUCGCACCAAUAUCAAUCAAAUACCCGACAAGAUUGGCGUCUGCAUCAAACCAUUCCAUUUUAAUUAUGAUUCUGCCUUAUAUUUAUUGGAAUUUCUCGAAAUGAAUUCGUUGCUUGGUGUAUCCCAUUUCACAUUCUACAAUCACACGCUCGGACCGAAAGCUGCUUGCGUUCUGCGCCAUUACAUGGAAGAAGGUUUGGUGGCGGCUAACAAUGCUACACAAGAUGGGACUGUUCAGCGUCCCACCAUUUCUAUAUUACCGUGGGACUUGCGAAUGCGAUCGCAAAAAGAAAUUCGAACGGAAGGUCUGUUUGCGGCAUUAAACGAUUGCUUAUAUCGAAGCAUGUACAGAUUCCAGUACGUCGCUCUAAUUGACUUAGAUGAAUUUAUUGUACCUCGACACAACGAUACGCUUAAGGAUUUGUUGAAGUGGCUGUCGCUCAAAGUGAACAAUAGAAAUACCGGAGCCUAUUCGUUUCAGAAUGCAUUCUUCUAUCUUCAAUUCGCCGACGAUAGUCUUAUGUACGAACGGAACGUUAGUAAUCCCGCUCUGCGUGGUGCACUGAUAACGCAACGAAAAACUCGAAGACGAUCGAAACUACAUCCGCAGAAGCAACGGUCGAAAUACAUUUGCAAACCGGAAUCGGUUGUGGAAGCUGGAAACCAUUUUGUUUGGGAAUUUAUACCGGGACGUGGUUCGCUAAAUGUUCCGGCUGAUGCAGCGAUCCUUCAUCAUUACAGAGUUUGUGAAUUUGGCGGAGACGAUUGCGUCAAAACUCCGAGCACUGUCGAUCGCACCGCUCACAAAUAUUCGCGUCGACUAACCGAUCGAGUGGAAAUGAUGUACAGCAAAUUGAAAACGUCGUGCAAACUUUUGAAUCUGCCGCCAGUUCCGACCAAAGCUCCGACGACCAGAAAGAAAAUUUUGAAAAUAAAAGAUUUGCAGAAACCGAUCAAAGCGAAGAAAGUGGACUCGGCCGAUGAUGUUAAAUCUUCGAAAUCUUAAGUGAUAAUGUCGCUGUAAAUACCAGAAAAAAAACCAACAAAAAAUAUUCUUAAUCCAAAGCAAAACAGAUAACAGAACAUGAAGAUAUUUAUAGUGUAGCCAAGACGACAGAAAAAAGAAAAUAUUUUUUUGUAAAAAGAUGAAAAUUUCAAAAAGAAUUUGACGCGCUAAAAAUAGUUAACUUUAGUGAUAACCUAGAUUGACUUUCGCGGCCUAUCUAAACCGAAUAAUUUAUUUUCCUUGCAAUUUGGCCUAAACGAAGUCUUUGCCGUCAUCGCUUCAAUUGUUUUCCGUUGUUGAUUUAUUUUAGUCUAGUUUUUAAGUGGAAUAGGCAUUUACUUCGACAGUGUACUGUGCUGGAAGUGGUGCUCAAAAUGGAAUUUAUAUUUUUCUCAAAAUGAACAUCGACGACAACCUUGAUCAUGAAACCUUUACACCUAUACACCCAUUAGUAUGGGCUGCUAUGUCAGAAAAAGUAGUCUCGCUCGCUGGGGAGUUUUAAUGUGUUUUGACGAUUGGAUGUGAUUAAGCGGUCGAAGUCUCAGAACUAACUUUUUUUCAUGAAGAUCUCAACGGAUUCUGAAAGGUUGGUUCAAUAACUGACACAACUUUUUUGUCUAGGCCGGGUUAUGGAAGAUUCCCGAAAAAGUUUCACAAAAACCCGUAAAUUUGAGACUGAUUUCCUUGGCCAUUUCAAAAUUAAAUUCAACGACUGGAGACGUUUUGGAAAGCUUUUCUCAAACCCUAUCAACGAUAGCUAGCCGAGCUCAGACAUAUUGAAGGAUCGGGACUCUCAGUUCUAGGAAACAAUCGAAGGAUUUCAACUAAUUUUGCUCUAAAAAUCGCAAGACGAUGAUGUGAAUGAUCUGCAACUUUGUGACUAUUCCUGAAUGGAUACUAAUAAACGACCGAUAAAUUAAUUCAAAACUACCGAUAAAAAUAUUCAAAACUACCGAUAA